AUGAAGUCUUGCCAGUUUAUGCUGCUAUGUGCAGCCGCAGGUUUCGCCAGCGCCGUCGGCAACCGUGGUUUCGCUAGUCAAGCUCUCCAAGAAAAGUUUAAAAAUCCAAAUAUUUUUGUAGCAGAUGACUCUCCGGAUUAUACUUGCACAAAGACGAAAAAGUGCAAACUGGGAUGCUGCGGGCCGUUAGACUCAUCUGGCAAUGGAGUCUGUGGUAUGGGACCAAAAUUCUGCGGCAAAGGUUGCACAUCAACUUGUGAUCAAAAAAGUGAAUGCAAUCCUGGUUGGGGCAUGGAAUGGUCCAAGGCAGACAAAUGUCCAUUGAACGUGUGCUGUUCCGAGUUUGGAUUCUGCGGCACAACUUCCGACUUCUGCGGCGGCGCAGUAAUCUCAUCUCCAGAAUGUGCUGUCAGUGGGAAGAGUUCCAACAAACGUACCAUUGGAUACUAUGAAGGGUGGAAUCAUCAACGGUCAUGCGGCACCAUGACUCCAGAGCAGAUUCCUUUGGGAUACUACACACACAUCAAUUUCGCGUUCUCUUUGAUUGACCCGAAUACAUAUCGACUAACGCCAAUGGAUGACAUAACUGGUACGCUGUAUCCAUCGGUCUCUAAGCUCAAGUUGCUGCAGCCUGGUUUGCAGGUAUGGCUCGCAGUCGGCGGCUGGGCAAUGAACGACCCAGGCAAGUUCCGGACGGUAUUUUCCGAUAUUGCUGCUUCCACUUCAAAGCAAGACGAAUUCUUUGAAUCGCUCGUCACGUUCUUAACCGUGAAUAAUUUUGACGGCGUCGACAUGGAUUGGGAGUAUCCAGUCGCUGACGACCGUGGUGGUGUACCAGCCGACUUUGACAAUUAUGUCAAGUUCCUCGCCAGGCUGCGAAGCCGUCUGAAUAACAUGGGCAAGCCAAUGGGUUUGUCUCUUACUUUGCCUGCUUCUUAUUGGUAUCUCAGAGGGUUUGACAUUAUCAAUUUGGAGAAAUACGUCGAUUUCUACAACGUCAUGACUUAUGACAUCCACGGUGUUUGGGACUCUACAGUUAAAUCUCUUGGCCCGUAUGCUCAUGCCCACACUAAUCUCACAGAAAUUGAAGAGGCUCUCAAGCUGCUAUGGAGAAACAACAUCAAUCCAGAACGCGUCAAUCUCGGCCUUGGUUUCUACGGCCGCAGCUUCACCAUGAAAAAUCCCAAUUGUAUGGCUGCUGGCUGCGAGUUUAAAGAAGGUGGGAAAGGAGGAGCAUGCACCGGCACACCAGGUGUAUUAUCUGCCGCAGAGAUUAGCAAGAUUAUCAAGGACGGUGCGAAAAUGACUCUGGAUCCAGUGGCAGCGGUUCAGAUUGUCACCUGGAAUGGUGACCAGUGGGUAUCUUGGGAUGAUACCAAGACGCUGCAAAUGAAGGUCAACUAUGCUAACCAGAGGUGUUUGGGUGGCAUAAUGGUGUGGGCGAUUGAUCUGGAUGAUGGAACGCUGAUUCAUUCUUUGGCUGAUGCUGGUCGAGAUGUGUAUGGAUAUGUUAAUAGGACUUCGCUGGGUAACGAUAUAGCGUGCUUUGGUAGUGCGAAACUUCCGAAGGCUUAG